AUGACACUGGAAUUGACCGACAAGGUCGUGGUUAUCGGAGCCGGUAUCUUUGGGAUCUCGACAACCUUGGCACUAGCCAAACGGUAUCCCGAGUUGAAGAUUCAGGUUGUUGACAGAUUUGAGCCACCCGUUCCUGACGGAUCAUCGGUAGACACUACAAGGUGCAUCAGGGUGGACUAUACAAACGAAAUUUAUUCCGAAUUGGCCAGCGAAUCUUUGGCGAAGAUCAAGAAGGACCCAGUUAUUUCACAGUUUUUCCAUGAGACCGGGAUGUCAUACACUUACGACGGAAAGCACGACAGAUGGGAAGACUUUUACUUGGCCGGCAAAGAAUCUGCAGAAAAGGCAAACCAGGCACAUCCGGAAAAAGUUGUGAGCCUGGACAGCACUGAAGAGGUUUUCAAAAGUAUUCAUGGUAAGGAGGGUGCAGUGCCAAGUGCAAUUGACAUUGGCAGAAAAACGUGGUGGAACAAGGGGUACCGGAAUUUCUCCAACGGUUUUAUUGACGCUGAGUUGGCGAUGAAGGCAUACUACGAGAGGGCCAACUCGUACCCUAAUGUCACAUUCACCUUCAGCGAGGUUGAAAAACUAAACUACUAUCCGACAACUAAUAAGUUCAAGUCUGUUUCCCUUAAGAAUGGGGAAGAGAUAGCAGCAGACCUUGCCAUUAUUGCUGCUGGUGCAUGGAGCGGGAAACUAGUCAACUUGCAGAACAUCUGUAAGAUGUCCGCUGUCGAAGUGGGCUGGUUGAAGCUCACGCCAGAAGAACAGGAAAAUUGGAAAGAUAUGUCUAUCACUACUAAUUUGUCCACCGGAAUCAACUUAUUUCCUCCAUAUAACGGCGAAAUGAAGGUUUUGAGAAGAUCUCCUGGUUACAAGAACACUGUCACAGUGGCAAAUCCUGAUCCUAAAGCAAAUGACAGCAUUGAAAUCUCUUACCCGAGAACUAAAGUUACCAACCCUUCCGACUGGAUUCCAAAAGAUGCAGAAAUAGCAAUCAGAGAGAAUUUAAAGGAAAUCUUGCCUAGUUUAUACCAAAGACCUUUUGAUCGUACUAGAUUAUGUUGGUUAACACAAACUCCAAGUGCAAACUUUUUAAUCGAUCAUCACCCGCAUAGCGAAAACAUCUUGUUGGCAACAGGUGGAUCGGCGCAUGCUUGGAAGUUUGUGCCAGUCAUCGGCGAUAAAAUUGUUGACUUCCUGGAAGGCACUCUUGAACAACGUCUUGUUGAGUUGUGGUCGUGGAGGGAGAAGCUGGGUGACAAGGCGGAUAAUGGAAGCGCACCAAGGAUGGUCGGUGAGCCACAAGAAAUAAGCCAGGUCAUCAGAACAUCUGGGAAUGAGAAUUUGUGUAUCUGA